AUGAAAAAGUGUUUUCCAGUCCUCAACACUGCCAAUGGAGUUAUAGUCGGUGAAGCAACCCUACCAGUUCGGAGAAAUCGCUUCAACACCUUCCUGAACCAGCAAGCGUCAUCGGCACGUGAACUCGAACACGUCCAGCGACCGACAUACGCGAAAGCAUUCAGUCGCGUUCAACGGGGUUCAAUUGGUGUGCCUGCGAAAGGAAUGCGACAAAACGGUGUGGGAUGGUCCCAUGUGUUGGUGUCCAGCGCCAAGAACCGUCGUAAUGGGGUGCGACGGGUCCCAUGGCUUCAUGGCGGCAUGGCGAAUAGCAUUUGCUUGUUUGAGCUAACGUGGGAGUAUCCGAUAAACUCAUUCCCAACAACACCAAUGCAAAUAAAACAGUGGAACCACCAAACCAGUAUGGUUCAUUUUCUAUCGGAAGUGCUUCGACAGGUUGCUUUCCAAAACCAAGUGUUAAUGGAGGUUGACGUCCAAAACACUGAUAAAGAAGUAACAUUCCACUUAAAAAUAAACUCUCAUAAUUUAAGGAUAUGA